AUGUUAAUUCAGCUGAUGCGGCGGAGGCAGAUGCACUGCGGAAAUGUCAAUUCUGCUGAUGCACGGCGGGCAGAUGCACUUGCCGAAAUGUCUAAUUCGGCGGAUGCACUUGCAGAGGCAGACGCACUUGCUGAAAUGUCUAGUUCAGCUGAUGCACUGGCGGAGGCAGAUGCACUUGCGGAAAUAUCUAAUUUUGCUGAUGCACUGGCGGACGCAGAUGCACUUGCGGAAAUGUCUAAUUCUACUGAUGCACUGGCAGAGGCAGAUGCACUUGCCGAAAUGUCUAAUUCGGCGGAUGCACUGGCGGAGACGGAUGCUCUUGCGGAAACGUCUAAUUCUGCUGAUGCACUGGCGGACGCAGAUGCACUUGCGGAAAUGUCUAAUUCAGCUGAUGCACUGGCAGAGGCAGAUGCACUUGCUGAAAUGUCUAAUUCAGCUGAUGCACUGGCGGAGGCAGAUGCACUUGCGGAAAUGUCUAAUUCUGCUGUUGCACUGGCUGAGGCAGAUGCACUUGCGGAAAAGUCUAAUUCUGCUGAUGCACUGGGCGGAGGCAGAUGCGCGAUGCAUUCUGCUGCAUGCCGACACCGUGCGAGGGGCUUGGGCUAG